AUGGAUCGGCCGAACCUUAAGUCGAUUUGCCAUUACAGACUACAGAGAACUAAACCAACACUGAUCAGUGAUGCCCUUAAUACAAGAAACGGACCCUCAUCAACUGCCGUACACCGUCUUCCCCUCAAUUCAGACGUACUCGUGUGGAGAGAAGGAAACACCGGAUAUGCAGGAGAAUGGACCGGAUCAUACAAAUUACUAGCAGUCAACAAUGAGACGUGUAUUAUCGAACUUCCAAGUGGACCGACCUCAUUCCGGUCAACCGCCGUCAAGCCGUAUCAUGCUGAACCCGAAGCACAGCCAAAUGGUCCUAUCCCCAGUGAAAAAGACGUUACCCAGCCCGACCCUGAGAAAAGUAUCCAAGAAGCCCCGGAAGCCUCCCCCAAGGCCAUCUCACAGGCUAUGAUUCCACCUCUGCCGUCAGUCGUGAUCCCACAAUACGAACCUAAAGCAAGCAGCCUACCGCGCCCCCAACGAGAUCGUCGCCUACCCGCACGGUAUAGAGAAGAUUACACGCAGCAUACAUUCCUUGGCCAGUUCACACAAGAGCAUGAGGAUGAGUCACGCCACCAAUUCGCAGCUGCCGUAUUAGCCCGAUUCGAAGGCUCGCAGCGAAAAGAGGUCAACGGACUGCUAGAGCGAGGAGUAUUCGAAUACGUUCAAGAAAAGGAUAUCCCUCCAGGCACGAGAAUCUUCACAGCAAGGUUCAUUAACGACAUAAAGAACCCCGGCACCGACAAAGCCUUUGAGAAAUCGCGCCUCGUUGUACAAGCCUACAACGACGGAGACAAGGAAUACGUACUAACACAGUCACCGACAAUACAACGAGCCAGCCAACGAAUCAUUCUCUGCCUUGGCAUGAUUGUGGAAAACGUACGAUAUUAUAUUCGCGAUAUCACGCAGGCCUAUAUCCAGUCAACUACGAAGCUCAACCGCGAUUUUUACAUACGAAUCACACCGGACCUCGCAGAAUACUUCCCCGGAGCUACGUUUCUCAAAGUUGUGCGCCCUCUCUAUGGAAUCCCCGAAGCAGGCAACCACUGGUUCCGUACGUAUCACAACCACCACACGGAAAAGCUCAAUAUGGAGACGUCGACCUACGACCCAUGCCUUCUUCACUGCUCCGAUUCAAAGCAAGGAUUUGGUAUCGUAGGCAUGCAAACUGACGAUACUCUUAUCGUCGCUAACGACACCUUCGCAGUACGAGAGGAGGAAGAGAUUCAACGUGCUAAUAUUCUUUGCAAACCCCGAGAAGAGCUAACGAUUGAUAACCCGCUCAAAUUUAAUGGUGCGGUUGUUACAGAGACUGCCCAGGGUAUUACCCUCACCCAGAAACGCACCUGCAGUCAUAUUCGGCUUGUACAAGAUCAACCAGCGGACACUACGAAUUCACGUGGCAAGGUACGAAAAGAUGCCACGCCGAAGGAACAAUACAUUGCCCAACGAGCCCUUGGUGCGUAUAUCGCUUCAAUGUCACAACCUGAAGCCUCCUUCGAUCUUUCCUUCGCAGCACAGACAACGGACCCCCAGAGGGACGAUAUCAAGGCUCUCAAUAAGCGUUUACAAUGGCAGCUCGACAACCCUGAACGAGGACUACGAUUUGUCAAACUAGACGUACGAACUCUACGUCUUAUCGCCCUCGUUGAUGCUUCAUUCGCCAACAACAAGGAUUUGUCUUCACAACUCGGCUACGUUAUCGUAUUAGCAGACGAAGCAAACAACGCGAAUAUCCUCCACUGGUCCUCUACGAAGUGCAAGAGGAUAACGCGAAGCGUACUCGGCUCCGAAACGUACGCACUAGCCAAUGGAUUUGAUGCCGCAGCUGCAAUCAAGUCAACUCUCACGCAGCUACUCCACCUUACCGAACCACUACCUCUCAUUGUUUGCACCGAUUCAAAGAGCUUGUACGAAUGCCUCGUCAAGCUUGGGACGACACAGGAAAAACGCCUCAUGAUUGACCUCAUGUGUCUACGCCAAUCAUACGAACGUCAAGAGAUCUCAGAGGUCAGAUGGAUUGACGGCAACAGCAACCCAGCUGAUGCCAUGACAAAAGGCAAGCCAUGCCACGCUUUGCAAGAGCUUAUUGAUACGAACAAGCUACGUAUCAACGUUAACAGCUGGGUGGAAAGGACAGCUACGACACGCAGCCCUGAACCUAAGGCUGUAAGAUUUGCUACACCAUUGGAGUCCCCGGACCAGUAG